AUGCUGAAUCGCGAAGGAAGGGAAGAGGGCCGCCGCCGCCGCCGCCGUAACGAGAGAAGCCGGCAACAGCCCCGCCGCGCGGCCGCCACGCCUUCCUCCCGCCGCCGCUGGGGACGCGGAGCCGCGGAUCACAUUUCUCCUCCCCAACAAUCACACGCACGCACGUCCCCGGAGUUGACACCCUCCAACCCCGCCGCCCCGCGACGCCGGUGCCAGGGCCCCCAAGCCUCCGGGGCGCAGCCACGGGGCUGGGCGCUCCGGCAGCGUGCGUGCACCGCGGUGUUCGCUCCCAUCAAUGAAAAGGAACGAGGUCUCCGUCGUGACGGCCUAAAGCCCAGACCGCCCGGCGCGGCCAGGGCGGCUUCCCGGAGGCUGCGCCAAGCGCGCGAAGAGCACGCGCGGUCCCCGCGUCCGGCCGCCUCGGGCCUGGCGUGGCGCCGGCUUCGGGAACCGCCCGGGACGGCCGUCGUCAACCGGGCGGAAACGGAGCAGCGGCGCCCCGAGGGCUCCCCCCCUCCCCCGGCCCCGAGGCCCCGCGUCGCCGCCGCCGAGCUCCCCGCCCUCGCCCGGCUCCCUUACCUUCCUAGAGGCCCGCGCUCUCCCCGCUUCGGGCGGCCGCAGCCCUGA